AUCCAUGCAAGUAGAGGCAGGUUCGAGUUGAAUGAAUUUUUGAAGUGUUAUUUUGAUGUGAAAUUAUACCGUUAUCUAUUUAAAUGGAAUUUAUUUUAUGUGAUUUAGUACCAUAAGAUUGAUUUGACAGUUGUGUUCAACCUUACCUUUCAACUUGUUCCCGAGUCCGAAACGUCACCUACCCGAGUACGAAAUGUCGAAGCCAUAUUUUUUUAAAUCCGAAAUGACACGUAAUCAGUAGAAGUAGUACACUAGCAGUAGGCUAAGCAGAUUUAAUUGGAAGUGAUAUGAAGUUAUUUGAGAUUAUUUGACAAAAUGGAUAGCUCAUUUACAGAGAGCAGCAUACUUAAAAUGUCACGGCCAGUGAUACCCCCAUCAGCACCGCCUUCACCUAGUCACCAAACUGUGCAGGUUCUGGAGGGAAGACUCCAUGCUGCGGAAAAAGACACACAACAAUUAAUAGAUACACUGAAUGACCUUGGUUUUACUCAGUCAAAAAAUUCUGAUUCCGAUGGAAGAUUAUCACCAUUCAAAGCCAGGCUUGCAGAUACUGAAAUUCUUCAGAAUAAUUAUGAGACACUUGUUUCUCGAGUUUGUAGGACAGAAAGUGCUAUACAGACAAUGAAACUAGGUUUACUUAAUCUACAAGGUAAUAAAGAUUUACAGAGAAAGAUUCAAGCUGAAGUGGAAGAAAAGUUACAAGUGACACGACAGAAUUAUGAAUCUGAAAUAUCCAAACUAACCAGAAAACUCAAAACAUUAAAAGAUGAUCUAGUCCAAGAAAUUGAGCUUAAAAACACAGCAAAAGAAGAAAUUAAACAACUAAGAACUGAUUUAGAAGAGGCUGUAAAAUCAAAGACUGAAGCAACUAUGUCAAUGGAUGAUUAUGUUACCAGUAAACAGAAGCUAAGCCGACGUGUGUCAGAAUUAAAAGAAGAAUUAGUGAUGGAAAAAAGUCUUCGAUCCAGCUUAGAGCAUUCCCAUAAUACACUACUGUCCAGGGUUCGUGACAUGGAAACGGUUGUGGAAUCAGAAAGGGAAGAGGUUGGUAAUAUAAACAGUGUUUGUUCAGCACUAAAAGCAGAAGUGAACCAGUUGAAAACUGAUUUAUCUCAGGAACAGAUACUACGUCAACAAACUGAAGAAUCAUAUAACAAAUUAAAUACUGAUACAGACCAUUUAAAACAAGGUUUACAUUGUACUGAAACAGAAAAACAACUGAUUACAACAGAACUGGAUCGACUAAGACUACAAUAUGAUGAACUGAUUAGCCAGUUAGAAGAAGCCAAAUUAUUAAUGGAUCAACACAAAGAAAAAACAACAGCAUUAGAAAAGGAAAAUAAAGAUCUGAAAGAAUGUUUAUUGAAAGUUACAGAAGACAAAGAUAAAUAUAAACAACAACAUAAGAAAGAUGUUGAGAAUGAAAAGGCAAGAUUAUCGGAGAAAAUAAAUUUAGAAGAAGAGUCGGUCGAUCUUAGAACUAAAGUUAAAGAUCUUGGGGAAGAAAAUCUCGAUUUGAUAAAAAAGAUUGCUAAAUGUGAAACUGAGUUGUUUGAAGCAAGAGAUCACAUCACUUGUAAAGAAAAAGGAUUUACCUCAGCUGCCAGUGCUUUAGAAAAUGAAUUGUUAUCAUUAAGAGAUCAACUUCAAAAAAAUCAAUCUGAGAAGGAAGCUCUGAUAAAAGAUAAAGAGAGUUUAUUAGAAGAGGUAAAUCAUACUGUAGACUCAAUGAUGGAAGAAAGAAAGAAAUUACAGAAUGAUUUAGAAGAUACCAAAUUAGAAUUAAAUACACUUUAUACCACUCAGGCUCAAUUGGAACGAGAAAAUGCUGAUUUAAUAGAGAGAUUGGGUAGUGUUACAGAGCAACAGUCCUCACAGAAGAAAAUAGAAGAAACACUGAAGGACAUGUUAGAUCAAAAAAAUAAACUGGCCUAUGAAAAUGGUAAAUUACAAAGUCAAGUGACACAGAUGCGUUCCGAAUUACAAUCAGCACAGAAGGAUCUCUCUGAUGUUCCACAACUUCGUAAACUAAGUAAAGGUUUACAAGAUAAAUACAGCAAGGCACAUAAAGAUAUGAGUGAAACAAAAAUACUGGUAAAAAGAUUAGAGCACCAGUUAAAACAAUCCCAGUCAGCCGUGCAACUUAAAGAAGAAGAAUUACAACAGGUUAUAGAAACAGAGAAACAACUAGAAAAACAAAUUAAAGAAUUACUCAGUCAUAUAGAAAUGAUUGAAGGCAGAGAAAAACAUAAAGUAUCUCAUACCCAGAAACAUAUGGAGGAUGCUCGAGCCGUCAAUCGUGAAAUAGCAGGAACAUUAGAAGCUGUAAUGACAUCUCAUUCCCAGUUACAGACAGUAGUAGAAAAUCUUCAAGUAGAACUUGGAAAAAAGGAUACUUUAAUAUCACAACUUAAAAAUCAAAAAAAUAGAGAACAUGAUGAAAUGAAACAUGAAAUUAAAGAAUUUGAAAGUAGAAUGGAGAAAGUAAGAGAAGAAUUGAAGAAAGAAAGAGAAAAAUCUAUGAAAAAGACAAGCCGAGAUAUAUCAGAGAUGAAGAAACAGAAUGAUAGCUUAGCUUCUCGAAAUUCAGAAUUGGUUAAAACAAAUACUGAACUUCGACACAAAAUGUCAGAUAAAGAAAAGUCAAUAACUGAAUUACAGACAAAAGUUACUGACCAAAAACACAAAAUGGCAUAUUUACACAAAGCUAAGAAGCAUCUGGAGGAGAAUCUUGUGAAAAUGAAGGCAGUGAAAGAAGAUAUGAAUGAGCUAGAAUCAAUGAGAGAUGAAUAUAUAUCUAAAAAUAAAGAACAGGCAGAUACCAUUAAGACCUUUAUGAAGCAGAUCAGUGGUCUACAGUCAGAAUUAAAACAGUUAGCAGAAGCCCAAGCUAACACUAAUCAGUUACUACAGCAGAAAGAAAAUGCACUGGAGAAAGAGCGGAAAUUAAGAGAAGAGAUGAAGAAAAAAUAUAGUCUUACCAAAAAACGUGAAGAAGAAUUAUACACUCAGAAAGAAAGUGCAGAAGAUCGUUUAAAAGAAGCUCACAAUGAAUCAUUAGAGAUAUCUCAGCAUUUACAAGAUGCUCAUCAGUGGUUUAAAGGACGGUUUGAUAAACUUCAAAAAGAAAUUGUGAGAUCCAGGCAAACUCAAGCUAAAUUAGAAGAAGAUAAUGCUGUACAAACGUCUCAUCUUGAAUCAGAGAAACGAAAAGCUCAAAGAGUUGCUGAUAAAGCCAAGGACAUGAUCAAGGAGAGUAGAGAAACAAUUAGUCGUUUAGCAACUUAUGCUGAUUUUGCUGAACAUGAAAAUAAAAAUCAGAUGAGACAUUUAGAGAAUGAACUGGAAUUUGAAAGAGAAUCCACCAAAUAUACUGAAAUGAAACAUCAAAAUUAUAAGGCUGCCAACUCAAGACAUUUAGAUCAAAUGAUACGCAGAUUAGAAAAUCAGUUACAUAUUGAUGACCUGUAAAAUAUUUUAAAAAUUGCUUUCACAUCUCCCAACUUCAGCUUGCAAACAGCAUUAAAUUUCCCAACAUCAGCUUGCAAACAGCAUUUAAAUUUCCCAUCACAAUAAAUCUUUCACAUCUUAGGUAAACAAAGUAUUUGUAUGUAAACAGCAUUUAUUAGUAAUCGGUGCAGAAAAUUUCUAAUUUGUAGAUUAUAUAGAGUAUAUGGAAUAUUUCAUUCAUCAUUUUAGUCACUAAUAUCCAAUGUAGCACUUAGUUUAAUAUAGCAGGGAUACUCUCUCACUUUUAUCAUAUAUUUACAUGUAUACAUUAGUAAUGGUCUAAUUUUGAUUAAGUAUUGAAUUGAUAUAGAUUUAUAAUGAUUUACUAUACUUUCUUCAUUAUUGUCCAGUGUCUUUUAUUACUUUAUCUCACUCAGAGAUAAUUUGUGUAUUCUGUAUCUUAAAUAUAUGAAGAAGAUAUUUUUCUAAUUUUUCAUGGUAUAGCUGCUGGUUAUUUUACUCUUCCAUGCCUCAUUUUCAAUUUAAGGACAUAUUGUAUAUGUAUAUGUAAAUACUGUGUAUAUAUAAUUAUAUAGUAAAUGUAUGUAAAUAAGUAAUAUUUUGUGCAAGCGAUGUGGAUGAAGACUGCUAAAUACUUCUUUGCAUUUUUAAACUGUGAUAUUAUUUAUUUUAUAUGACAAUGGCAUAAAUGAUGUGGAAAAACUAUAAAAAAUAUAUUAAAUAUACAUUAUUUUCUUUCAUCAUUAUUUCAGAUAUUGUUGAUCCUUAAUUGUACCAUUCUAUCUUUAUAAACUUGCUUUUGUCAGCUAACCAUGAAAACUGUAUAGGGGCAUUGGUCAUUCCAAAUGGCAUAUGUUUAUUUUGCCACCAGUGGUCAGUGCCUUUAAACUUCUAUGAAUCUCAUACUUUUUACCACAGUUUCAAUAUAAGAAAUUGAUUGUUAACUAAUUCUGAUAUUACCGGAUCUGAGCAGAAAUUAACAUGAAAUUAUUUGCAAUUUUCUUAUUUAAAGAUACUUUCCCGCAUACAAACUAAGUGAUUUGAUGAUAUAUUUGAACUAAAAACCUAUUCAAACUAAUUAAUUUAUCAACAAUUUGCUUCAAAUCCCUCUCAAAAAUGUUUUUUCGUGGGGAGAUACCACAAUCUAUAAAUAAACUGUUGUUAGACGCCAUGUCUGUCAGCUCAAUUCAUUGUGGGAGGGUCCAUUUUUCAGAACAUAUUUUUCAGUACUUACUGUCCAUUUAUCUCAUACAUAUUGAGGCCUAAAGUAAAUUCUUUUUUCGCCGUUUAACUACAGAGUCUUUUGUACGUUGACACCCCUCAAUGUUCCCCAAACUGUAUGACUAUUUGCCCAGUGCUUGUCCCAUGGGUAUUUUUUGGGUAAUCCAGUAUUUUUCUAGUAAGAUUGGGUGUCUAUACUUUCCAUAUACAUGUAUACCAAAUUUGCCAUACUUUUAUUGGAAAUAACCACUUGAUAAAUACUUUUGGGACAAUGUAUAUUUAAAUGUGUAUUUUGAUUUAAAAAAAGAAACAAUUUUUAUGUCACAUGUAGUGACUGGUCCCAGUUAUUUUGAUAGUUCACAUCGGUAGUUUUUGCAAUACAUUUAUUGUAUUUAAACACUUUUCAUUUCUUUAAAAGGUUAGAAAAUGUAUAAGGGCACCAAUUCAUUGAAGUGGUAAAGGGUUUCCAAAAAAGAUCAUGUUAAAGUUAGUAGUUUACAUGUUUUGCUUGGGAGUUUAUUAAACCUUCAAACCAUCUCUUUCUGUGAGUUCACUUUAAAGAAAAAAAUCGUUAAAACAUUGUAGCCUCUAUAGCAUUCACAAUCCAAACAUUGACAGGUGGACUGACAUGGGUGACAACAUAAUACGCCCACACUAAAAUGCAGGGUUUAAA